AUGGUAUUAUUUUUUGAACAUAUAGGCGAUCUGACCACGUCGGCCAACAUUAGCUUCCUGGUCUGCUUUUCAAGCAGGCACUACCCUCACAUUACCCUUGAGAAAGGGCUCAGCUUAGUGCUCGAAGGACAAGAAGGACACAGCCAGGAUAUAACUUCCUACCUGGGCAGCAUAUUGAAAAUCGGGCACAGUAAGGUCGCCGAGCAGAUCCGCAUUGAUGUCCAAGAAAAGGCAUCUGAGGUGUUCUUGUGGGUGGUUCUAGUGGUGGAGAUUCUAAACAAGGACAGAAUAGAGGUGAACUGCUUCUGUGUUCAGUGGGUGCUCUUCACAAGACAGCCAUUAAGACCGGAGCAGUUAUAUUUUGCCAUCCUCUCCGGUGUUGAGCCUGAGGUUCUAUCUCAGUGGGAUCCCAAUGAGAUUACAGCACCCGUUACAAAGAGAUACGUCGUCGACUCCUGUAAAGAGCUUGCCGAAGUCACCAGGUCCAAAAACCCCACGGUUCAAUUCAUACACGAAUCCGUGAGGGAUUUUCUUCUCAAAGAGGAUGGGUUGAAGGAGAUUUGGAUUGACCUCGAAAGAAACUUCCAAGGAUAA